UAAGGGGUUAGAUUAGAAAAAAGCAGAAUAUGGUUCAAUUAGCCACCGAAGUCACACUAAGAAUGUCCAAUGGCAAGGAAAUUCCUGCUUUGGGAUUAGGUACAUACAUUGGAUCAUCGGACCCAACACAGGUUAAAGAUCUAGUGAAGACAGCAAUCAAAGCAGGAUACAGACAUAUUGAUGGAGCUUGGCUAUAUGGCACCGAAAAAUAUGUUGGAGAAGGUAUCAGGGAGCUGAUUGAAGAAGGGAUUGUAACUAGAGACCAGUUGUUUGUGACUACAAAGAUAUGGCCUACAUAUUGGGAUAAGCCGGAGAAGUCAUUUGAUAAAUCACUCAGUGACUUAGGACUCGAGUACGUCGACUUAUUGUUGCAACAUUGGCCUAUUUGUGCAAAAGAUGUUGAUUCUUCUACUCCAUUACCAAUUAAGGAGGAUGGAAAGCCUUACUACGAUGAUCCAACUUCCGAUGGGACUGGGUUUAUCGAAUUUUAUAGGGGAAUUGAAAAACUUCAUCUUGACAACCCGCAAAAGAUUAGAUCAAUCGGGGUCUCUAAUUACUCAAUUAUGAAAUUGGAAAAGUUGAUACCAAAGGUUCAAGUUCUUCCUGUUGUCAACCAAAUUGAGUAUCAUCCUCAAUUGCCUCAAAAGGAUCUAGUAGAGUAUUGCGGUAAAUAUGGAAUUAUCAUUACCGCCUAUUCUCCUGUUGGCUCGAACGGUGCUCCCGUAUUGAAAUUACCCUUGAUUCAACAGCUAGCAGAUAAAUAUGAAGUCACCACUAACGAAGUUGCCAAUGCAUAUCAUAUUUUACAAGGGAGAGCAUCCUUGCCUAGAUCCACCAAUUUGGAGAGAAUUAAAACGACUAUAAGAUUACCCUCUUUGACAAAGUCAGAGCUUGAGGACUUGUAUCAAAUUGGUGUUGAGAAUCCGAAAAGACAUAUUACCAAUAUAUGGGGAGAUGAGCUUGGCUUCGAUUGGUGGUAUUAAUUUUUUAUUUUAUCUCCCACCUAAAAUCCUCAGGAGUUCGUAGAGUCCAUUGAUUAGUGGAUGUUAUAGAAUUUUGUUAUUAAGAUCCAAUAUAAAGCAAUGUAG